AUGGAUCAAGUGGAUGCUGAGAGCGUGUCCAUGGGCGCCGUCCGCAAUCCCGCUCUCCUCGCAAGCACGUCUAUUCUGGGGCUGGCAGUUAUCCUGCUUUUCUAUUUUUUAAGACGAAAGCGUACAACCAAGAUCCCAGCGGAUGGCCUCUUCGACUUGCAGCUGCUGGGCAGAUUUAACGGCGUGACGGGACCAAUUUUCAUGGGCGUUUGUGGCAAAGUCGUGAAUGUAUCCAGCAGUGAGAACAUCACCGUUGGCGAGGGCUACGGGCGACUCUGGGCGGGCAAGGAUGCGACCUUUGCCUUGGCCACGCUUUCCUUGAAGCCGGAGGAUGCAAACAAACUCGACUUCACCUUGGCUCAGUUCACUGAAGACCAGCGAAAGGCUCUUGCCGGCUGGUACAAGCACUUCACUGUGAAAUAUCCUGUUGUCGGCCGUCUUCGUGAAUAUGACGGCUGGGACUUCUCAGAAAUCGAGAAGCAGGCGGAAAAGGAAACCCCGUUUGGUUUGGGAAAGGACGAGCAGAAGGCAGCAACCGGUGCAGACGAACCUGUCCUGCUAAGACCUGGCGACAAGGUCAAGCUGCAGGGUACCGCAGAUGACAAGUUGGAUGGGAAGAUUGGUGUGCUCAGAAAACUUGAUGCCGCCACUGGCAAAUUCGAGGUCGCUCUGGUGGAUGAGGACUCUUCGGUGCUGGUCAAGCCAAACCAGAUCUCCAAGAUCUGA